AUGGGUAAAAAAAAUAUCAUUCCUAAACGCAAAGCCGGUACUGCUGGUAGUAGUAGAAAAAAAAGAGCUGAGGCAGUUGAAAAUGUCUUAAAAAUGAAGAAAAUCGAAGAGUUGGUGUCCGAAUUAGAUUCGGAGUUAAAGAAGAUAAGCGACUACGUCGAUUCUAGUGAAGAUGUUGCCAAGCGGAGUGUCAAUGGUGACAGUGAAGAGAGUAAUAGUGAUGAUGGGGAUAAUGAUUCCUUGUCUGUGCCAUAUCUUUCAAGAUGGCACACUACAAAAAGUGAUAAGAUAAUCAAAGGCGACCCACUCAAGUAUAAAGGAAAAGUUACCGAGAACGUGCACCCGUACAUUAUCCCUACUGUUUGUGAGACGAAGAUGGAUUACAUGAUUAUGUUUGAGCAAUAUACAGACGAGGUGAAGAAUAACAUCCUCGAUGGCUUAAAAAAAGUUACCUCCAAAGAUGCAGCGGGAACCUCAUCCCCCGGGGAUCUUCACAAGCGUGUUGCUGUGCUUAUGGAAGCGGUGUUGGAUAUUGCUGUUUAUAUCAGAGAGAAAAGAAUGAAGAAAAAAGAAAAAGAUGAGCGACAGCACAAGCGAGCCGACAAAGAAGAAGUUGAAAAAGAAGUAGCAGGUGAACGAAAUGAAGAAGCUGAGGAAGAAACAUCUGCUGCAGGAGAAGAAAGAGAAGAAGGUGUGGAAGAAAAGGAAACUGAAGAAGUACCAGUUGCUACAGAUGCUGAUAAAGAAGGAGAAGAAGGUGAGAAUGAAGAAGCAGCUGCAGCUAUGGAGAAAAAAAUAGCUGAAGAUAACCAAAAAGAUGUGGUCAUGGACAUUGUUGAUGAAAUGAACAGUAACACUUAUGUUGAUGAGGAAUUUAGGGAAAAGGACAUUUGA